GCGCGCUGUCGGAAGGCAGUGCGCAGGCGCGAACGGCGAGGCGCUGGCGGCGGUUGGAGUGGUCGCGGCCCAAGCGGCGACCAUGACCCAGCAGGGCGCGGCGCUGCAGAAUUACAACAACGAGCUAGUCAAGUGCAUCGAGGAGCUGUGUCAGAAGCGAGAGGAGUUGUGUCGGCAGAUCCAGCAGGAGGAGGAUGAGAAGCAGCGGCUGCAGAGCGAGGUGAGGCAGCUGACAGAGAAACUGGCCCGAGUCAACGAGAAUCUGGCGCGCAAGAUUGCUUCUCGCAACGAGUUUGACCGGACCAUCGCAGAGACAGAGGCUGCCUACCUCAAGGCUUGGCACCGGCUUGGUAGGAGCAGAGCUGGGCUGUGCGAGCCUUCUGACGAGAGGGAUAGUGACAGCCGUCUCGUGUCCCCGUUUCCAGAUCCUGGAAAGCUCGCAGACUCUGCUUAGUGUCCUGAAGAGGGAAGCCGGGAACUUGACCAAAGCCACAGCCUCGGAGCACAAGAGCAGUGGAGGCAGGGAGAGCUGAGGAGGCCAUUGGUGGGGAGGGGCCUGCCUCCCACGUCCCUCAGUGGCUCGACCCCCAACAAGCCUGUCUUCAAAGCAUCUUUAUUCUUCGUGGUAGCAGCUGCCUCCUUUCACUGUCUCGGGUGCCAAGAGGCAGUUGCCCAGCUUCACCUGCCCCAGGUGACAAGUACAGCCCUGGGUGCAGCCCACCAGGUGGGGGUCCUGGCCCUGUACUCACAGGACAUGGGAAGGACAGGCUCUGGGUGAGUUCCGCUCGGGGCGGAGGUCCCCUCACCCCCGCCCUGGGCUGCCAGAAAGACCCUGCUCCCUACUUUCACCAGCACGGCAGCCACCUCACCUCGGUGCCCAGGCCAGGGGAGCAGGGGAGGGGCUGGGGCCCACCCCCUCAGAGCUUGCCCUGGUGGCCUAUGUAUGACUGUCAGUAAAGAUUGUCUUUGUGAAGGUA